AACAGAGAAUUUUUUACACGCCUCCCAGGCUCUUUCAGUUUUGGAGAUAUGGAAUCUUCAGGUCUUUGAAGGCUUUUCUUUCUCAAUUGCACGUAUCGAUUCCGUUUUCUGUCUCUAACCUGUUGCCUAAGCUUUACCAAUGGCGUCUUCUAAUUCCAGCUCCAUAUUUGGAGGUGGCGGUUUGGGGUCCGCGGCUACCAAACCUCAGUCCACGAGCAUAUUCGCGACAAAUAAUCCAACCGGUCGUUUUGCAGGAAAUUCCCCUGCUGGGGCAACACAACCUGCUUCAGCUACGUCUUUAUUCGGUAGCAAAUUGCAAUCUCAACAGCAAGAGAGUCAGCCUUCAAUUCUUGGACAGACAAGCGACAACCAGUCACAGCCCCCUAACCGAAUGACCCAGCCUGCAUUCUUCAACAGCUUACUGGAACGUGGUAGGAAACGGCCAAUGUCGGUACCUACGCAGGAUACUAGCUUUGGAGAAUUGCCUAGUCUUCAGCUGGGACUUGAUGAUAUCCGGAGAAAGGCAAGAGAACUUGGUGCAGGAGGGGCGAAGGAGCAGAAUGGUAUAAAUGGCAAGGCUCACUAUUUACUAGCAAGUUCUGGGGUCUCGCCAGGGCAUGCUUUACGCGAUCUCAAAGCUUUAGAUCCUCAAGCGUCUUUGACUCUACCACCAAGAGCACAGGAUACUUUUGAUCCUGACAAUCAGAAAUUCUUAAAAAACAUACAGCAGCGCGGCCGUCAGGUUAUGAUUGCCGAAAGUCUUGCGCGCUCCCAGAGGGAUUUUGAUGCAUUCCUGGAAAAAAAGAUCGAUUUGGACUGGGAGGAACAACGCCAAAAGAUUUUCCAGCAUUUUGGACUGGUGCAAAAAGAUGAUAACCCGAACUAUAGCCCGGGUGCGCCUAUGAGGGGUUCGUUUGGUCGGUCAACGAAACCGUCUAAACAGGGACUUGCCUCAUCACACCGUGCACCUACUUCAUCUAGGAGUAUUUUUGGUCGGUCAGGCCUGGGAAAAUCAGUUAUUGGAGUUCCUGCAACGGUAUCAACAAGCCCGAAAUUGUUUGAGGACCCGUCAGAACGCAACGGGGGCUCAGGUUCUCGCUCAUCAGAUGUCCAAUUUCUUCGAGAAAAAAUGGGGCACUAUGCAGAGAAGGUGCAACGCUUGAAUCUAGCUAGACUUCAAGGAUACACUUUUCCCAUCCUUCAUGAGUUCUCUGGGGUUGAAAAGACCGUUGGUGGCGAUGUCCCUCGGCAACUUUUCGAUGCCUACCGAGCUCUGGUAAGCAUAGUUGGGGAAAAUGAAAGCAUCGGGAAUGUGUCAGACCCGGGUGCUCUAAAAGAACGACAAUUUGCGAGGGACUACCUUGAUGAAGCGCUACAAUCACGUAGCGCAACAUAUCUAAGGAGAAAAAUUCUCGAAGGCUCGAGGUUGUUCCUUGAACAUUCAUUCUACGACGAAGUUGAAAGUCUUAUCUACAAGAAUCCUCGAGAAGCACAACUUGGCGGCAUACCAACUGUUCUGAACAAGAUCCGUGCGUAUAUUCGGCUUCGAGCAACUAGGAGAGACCUUGCACCCGAUGGAACUGAGCUGCAGAUGGUCGGUCAAGACUAUUGUUGGAUUCUCAUCUUCUAUCUCCUUCGUUGUGGUUUUAUUACAGAGGCCGCAGAAUAUGUGAGCCAAGAUCCUGGUUUCAGGUCUUUGGAUCACAAAUUUGUGACAUACAUGACAACAUAUGCGCAAAACAGGCGGCUACCUAGGGAUCUGCAGCAGAAAAUCAAUGGAGAAUAUCAGCAACGUUCUCGCAAUGCCCCCGAGAAUACGGUGGAUCCUUAUCGGAUGGCGUGUUACAAGAUCAUUGGACGUUGUGACCUGAGCCGCCGGCGCUUGGAAGGUGUGAACCAGACUGUUGAUGACUGGAUGUGGCUGCAGUUUGCCCUGGCAAGAGAGGACGACCGCGUUGAAGAGGCUGCAGGAGAUGUUUUUGGUCUUGAGGACAUACAAACCGACAUUACUGAGAUUGGGCAAAGGGUCUUUGCGAAGGGACAAGAGGGUCCCGGAGGCUAUGGGACUUUCUUCCUUCUACAGAUCCUGGGGGGGAUGUUCGAGCAAGCCGUUUCCUAUCUUGGUUCCUAUGCCCCAGUCAGUGCAGUCCAUUUCGCCAUUGCACUAUCUUAUUACGGGCUCCUACGCGUAUCAGAUUUCUAUGCCGCGGGGGAAGAACUCUUGUCGUAUACCGUCAAACAGUACCCGCAGGUUAAUUUCGGCUAUCUCAUUACACAAUACACUCGGGAUUUCCGCAUUGGACAUGUGGAGGCUGCUAUUGACUACUUCUCUCUAAUCUGUCUGAACAGUGAUCUUCCAGGCGCUCUCGGCAAGUCCCAAACCUCUGUCUGUCACGAGGCGUUGCGGGAGUUCAUAUUGGAAACCAGAGAUUUCGCCAAGUUACUCGGCGAUAUACGUGCCGAUGGGACCAGGAUCAAGGGAGCGAUUGAACAGCGUCUUGGCUUAAUCAAAUUGGGCGAUCAGGAAGAAUUUUUGAAGACGAUAACGCUGCAAGCAGCUGCAGUGGCCGAUGACAAGGGCCUAACAGCUGAUGCCGUUCUUUUGUACCACCUUGCUGAAGACUAUGACCAUGUCAUUGAUAUAAUUAACAGAGCGCUCUCUGACGCUGUUUCCGUUGAGCUUGGAAGCCCCACACUGAAACUGCAGCCCUUAGUACCGAGGACAGAGCCGCUUCAAGAUGGACAACAGGGAGUUUCAGCGCAGCCCGGGAGCAGUCUUAGCCUGACAGCAGUUGAAGAUCCAGUUACGCUAGCGAAGAACAUGGUCAGUCUCUAUAAUGCCAACGCUUUAUAUUACCAACGGAUCCGUCAAGUGAAUCGCGAUGCAUGUGGACUUCUACUCCGAAUGAUGGAGGCAAAGACUGAGGUAGAAGCUGGCAAGUGGACAUCAGCUCUUGAUGCGAUAAAUCGGCUAGACAUUGUUCCGCUAGGAGCUGGCGGCUCCGUUCCAUACGUUCGGAGUGCAGCGCAAGCUUUUUCAUCAUUUCCAUCCAUUAUCACCCGCAACGUUGGGCAUGUAAUUAUGUGGAGCAUUACGUGCAUCGGCCACGAAAGGGAGAGACUGAGUGCUGGGCCAUAUGAGAAUGAAGUUAGGCAAGGUUUGGCAGACGAAUUGCUGGUCAUGGCCAAGGAUAUCAUGGUUUUCUCUGGUAUGGUCAAAUAUAAGCUGCCGCCAAGGGUGUAUGAGACUCUUGCUCGUGCAGCAGCAGAUAUCGGGGCGUAUUGAAAGCGGUUGUAUUUAACGGAAACAAUCAUAUUGCUUCAUUUUCCCUCUUCCUUUUGUUAUUACAGAUUAGUAUAUGCCUCUAGUGCUCGUUUAUUCAAGUCGAUUGGUCAGCAGUCAAGGUUAUGGCUGUGGACUCCCCAAGAAACCUUAGAUGGAAAAUCGGAUCCAUGCCAAGGCUCCAAAUCCGCCGCAAAUGCCUGGCAUAUCCGGCAGAUAUUAUUGUCAUUACGGAGCAUUAGUUUUAAGAUUCCCGUUGAUCGUGAA